AUGGCUGAAAACAAUAGAGUGGGUCAACAAGACGACCCCAUACCACCAGUAGUUUCACCUCCUCACAAUCAAGCAGCUCAACCACGUCUUCGAGACAUCCAAAGACCUGUAAUAACUGUUAACCCUUCUUGCAUUCAAUUAUCUGAUGCAGCUAGAAAUUAUGAAUUGAAGACUUUCCAUCUGAAUAUGCUCCCUACCUUUAACGGUUUGGGAAGUGAAGAUGCUUUGGGUUUUAUGCGAGAGCUCUAUAGUAUGUCUCUUGUAGAUACUGCUGCAGGUGGAUACACAGGUGAUAAAAAUAGUGAUGAAUUAGAAACUAUCUAUGAGAACUUAGCUAGUAAUUCUCGACAAAAGGCAGUGAGAAGUCGAAGAGCUGUUGUGCAUGAAAUUAGCACACAGUCUGAGUUGACAACACAAAUGGCUGAAUUGACUAAACAGAUUAACUUGUUGAAGACUCGUGAUAGUUCAAAUAGAGAAUUUUGUGCUUUUUGCAAUACAUAUGGUCAUAAUUCUUCUGUUUGUAUGAAUGCAGAGUCAUCACAACCCUCUUAUGAGGAAGCUAAUUACAUGGGAUCCAACAUGGGUAGGCAACAACCAAGGAGUGAUCCAUUUUCUAAUACAUAUAAUCCAGGUUGGCGGAAUCACCCUAACUUCUCAUGGAGAGAUCAAGGUAAUGCAAGACAAAUGGGACCACUCGGAUUUCAACAACAAGGACCAUCAGGAUUUCAGCAUCAGCAAUACAGACCUUUCCAGCAGGCACCUGCACCACAACAACCUCAACUUCCUACUCAAGAGAAGAAGCCUCAACUGGAGGAGAUGUUCAUGCAAUACAUGGCUAGCCAGGACACUAUGAUGGAGAAAAUGGAUGCAAAAAUUGAUAAGGUUGCUCAGUCCAACCAAGCAUCCAUUCAUAAUUUAGAAGUGCAAGUAGGUCAGUUGGCUAAAUUGGUUGCAGAAAAAGAUCAAGGUAAGCUUCCUAGUACCACUGAAAUAAACCCUAGGGAAGGAGCUAUGGCUGUCACUUUGAGAAGUGGUAAGAUAUUGGAUGAUGCUUUGAAAGAAAAAGAACCCAUGAGUGUUGAAAAAGAGAGUGAUAAAGAAGAUGAGCAAGUGCCUAAAGAGAGUUCUAGUGAUCAAAACCUCACUUCCUCUACAAUUAAUAUUCCUUUUGCAGAAGCACUUGCCAAUAUGCCAUCUUAUGCCAAGUACAUUAAGGAAAUUAUGUCUAAUAAAAAGAAACUGGAAGAGUUUGCUACUGUGCAUUUAAAUGAGGAAUGUAGUGCUAUUUUACAAAGCAAAUUGCCUCCUAAGCUAAUGGAUCCAGGAAGUUUUUCUAUUCCUUGCACUAUUGGUAAUACUGUUGUUGAUAAAUGCUUAUGUGAUCUAGGUGCCAGUAUUAACCUUAUGCCUUUAACGCUUUUCAAUAAGUUGGAAAUAGCUGAAAUGAAGCCAACAACAAUCUCUCUUCAACUUGCUGAUAGAUCAAUCAAGUACCCGCAUGGAGUAGUGGAAGAUAUUUUGGUAAAAGUUGGUAAAUUUUAUUUUCCUGGUGAUUUUCUUAUUCUUGAUAUGGGUAGUGAUACAGAUACAUCCCUUAUACUUGGGAAAUUGAAGUCUAGACGGUUUUGCCCUUUCAUGGUGACUAAAGUUUGUUCGUAUGAGGCCACAGAGAUUGAAAGAGAUAAAAAGAGACCAUUCAUGGUUGCUUCACCAAAAGGCAGUCCGGAAGAAAUUGGCAAUUAA